AUGGAAGGUGUUUAUUUUAAUGUGGAUAAUGGUUUUAUUGAAGGUGUAGUAAGAGGUUAUAGAAAUGGUUUGCUGACGAGUAAUCAAUAUUUGAAUUUAACACAAUGUGAUACUUUAGAUGAUUUUAAAUUACAAUUGUCUUCUACAGACUAUGGAAAUUUUCUUUCUUCAGUUGCAACUGAAGGUUUAACUACAUCUAUUAUCCAGGAACUUGCGUCUCAAAAAUUGUAUCAAGAAUUUAACUACAUUAGAAACCAAACUAGACGGUUUAACAAAAAAUUUAUGGAUUUCAUUACUUAUGGGUACAUGAUUGAUAAUGUGACACUGAUGAUCACUGGGACAAUCCACGAUCGUGAUAAAGCUGAGAUUUUACAACGUUGCCAUCCUUUAGGUUGGUUCGAUACUUUACCAACUUUAUCAGUUGCUACGGAUCUGGAAUCACUAUAUGAAACUGUCUUGGUUGAUACUCCGAUUGCUCCUUAUUUCAGUAAUUGUUUUGAUAAUGCUGAAGAGUUAGAUGAUUUAAACAUUGAGAUCAUAAGAAAUAAGUUGUACAAAGCUUAUUUGAAUGAUUUUUACAACUUCAUAUCUUCCGAAUUACCUGAACCUGCUAAGGAAGCCAUGCAAGAUUUGGUCGUGUUUGAAGCUGAUAGAAGAAGUAUUAACAUUGCAUUGAACUCAUUACAAAGUGAAGAUAUCGCGCCAGAUUUGAAAAGAGAGUUAUUACCAGAUUUAGGUAAACUAUAUCCAAUAGCUACUGCACAUUUAGCUGAAGCACAAGAUUUCGAAACUGUAAGAGCUAUUGUUGGUAGUGUUUACGAAUAUAAAGGUAUUUUAGAAUCAGGUAAUCUAGAGGAUCACUUUUACAAGUACGAAAUGGAAUUAUGUAGGGAUGCAUUCACCCAACAAUUCGCUGUAAGUACCAUAUGGGCAUGGAUGAAAUCAAAGGAACAAGAAGUAAGAAAUAUCACAUGGAUCGCUGAAUGUAUCGCUCAGAACCAAAGAGAGAAAAUUAACAAUUAUAUAUCUGUGUAUUAG